AUGCAUGAGAUUAUCACUCUACAGUUCGGCCAGCAAGCCAACUACCUGGGAACACACUACUGGAACGUACAGGAAUCGUACUUCACCUACGCCGGACAGGAAGAAUCGCCGGUAGACCACGACAUCUCAUUCAGAGCCGGAGUAGGAGCCGAUGGAUCCGACACGUAUGCUCCACGCACCCUCAUCUACGACCUGAAAGGUGCUUUCGGCACGCUUCGACGGGAAAAUGCCCUGUACGACUUCCAGCAGCAGGAGGAGCACGCCGCGCAGCAUGGCGGGCUGUGGAGCGGCAGCACAAUGCCCUUGCAGCUCCCUCCCAUAGCACCGAGUCCAUAUCAGCAAGCUCUGGACCAAGGCGUUGAGCCUCCGCAAUUGACUACUCAGACUGUCCGAUUCUGGUCGGAUUACAAUCACAUUUUCUACCAUCCGCGCAGCAUCGUGCAGCUAAAUGAAUACGAAGUCAACAGCUCACUCAUGCCGUUUGAGAAAUGGAAUACCGGGGAAGAACUCUUUACCAAUCUGGAUCGAGAGCACGACCUCCUCGAUCGAGAUCUUCGGCCAUUUCUGGAGGAGUGCGAUCAACUGCAGGCAUUGCAGAUCUUCUCUAGCAUCGACGACGCCUGGGGUGGCUUCACCUCGAAGUAUCUGGAGCGUAUAGCUGAUGAGAUGGGCAAGGGCUGCAGAUGGGUUUUCGGUCUGAAGGAUGGCAACACUCGAGCGCGAGACCGACAAUUGCUACAAUUGACCAACAUGGCCCACUCGUUGUUCCAUUGGAACACCUCAGCGAGCUUACAGAUCCCGCUCACUUCUCUACCGCCGUCACUCCCGAAAUACGUCUCCCUCAGCUCCAGUCCAUGGCACACCUCGGCUCUCCAAAUCGCAGCGGUGGAAAGCAUCACAUUACCAGCAAGACUGCGGACUACAGAGGUCGGCCGUACGACUUUCGACCAAUUAGAGACGACCCUCAACAAUGAUGGUAACCGCAAAUUGGCCGCGUCUGCAAUGUCAGUCGACGAUGCCAUUCAUCUGGAGGAGGGACACGGUGCCAACGGUACUCGCGACACUCGCAUGACGAAUGGUAUCUCCGAGGACUUCGACGAACAUGACACGCCGCUUGAUAUCGGCCUUCUUCCAUCCAUGCGCAACCCCACAGACAUUCAGAGCCAUCGCCUAGGUCGGAGACCACAACUAUUCAGCAAGAUCGAAUCGCUCCGCGGCCCCUGGAUGUCAGCCCUAGAAAUCGAAGCGGCAAACUCGCAUUCGCGAGACCCAUUCUCACGCGGACCGAGAACGACCGCAUACCAAUCCUCCCUUCUCUUCCCAACUCUGACCUCGUAUCCGCAAAUCUUCCGUUACGAGGGGACACCACGCCAGCUAGCGGUGAAGACGGCGCUGUCGACUUCCUCUGUCGUCGCGGAUCAAGUUCGUGCGCUGGAGGCGAGCGCGAGGAGACUUGUCGCUUUGGAUGAGCGGGAGGCGCUUUGCGAUGGACUGGCGAGCAUGGCCGAGGAGUACGAGGAAGGGUGGGACGGGAGUGAUGGCAGUGACGAUAACGACUGA